CUGGCCACUGGCUCGUUCCUAAUGUCAUCUUGACAAAAUCGAAGUGAUUUUCCGAAGUAAUUUCCAGAUUUUCUCAGAUUGUUCAUAUUCAGUGAAAUGGCAUUUUCCUGCGGGUUCUGAAAAUGCUAGAACCCCUCAAAUGGUUCCCCGUUAAGCAGUGCGUGAUUGCAUAGUGAAGCCAGCAGUUGGCCAGUGCUUGAAAUCCAGUUACGUGUACCCUGUGGUUUCGUUAACUUUGCCUGUUUAUCCAGGACAUUUAAUUCCUCCACACUUAUUUGCCUGGGAUUAGGCACAUUUGGUUAGCUUCGCGCGGCUUUAAAGAUUACGACCCGAAAAGCGAAUAAGCACACAAAUGAUAAGAGGAGACGAGACAUGGAUUUUGAACUUGAAGUUUUCGAGGUGUAUGACGAAAAUGAGCCCCACACGUCCAAGAAGCACACCAAACACACCAGGAAGAAAUGCAAGCAAAAGGGCAAAUGCCCGAAAGGCCUCACAAACCUAGAAUGUAGUGAGAAUGAUAUAAGCCGAUCGAAAACCAGUGUCCUGAGUGGAGAUCGAAGACAUUUGAGCCUUCGCGAGUCCAUCCUCAAUGUCUUCAGCAAGCUGGUAGUGUGGCGAGGGAAGAGUGCCAAAUAUCGCACCUCCAAGCCCGAAAAACUCGAUUCUCCACACACCUCAAGAGAUUCACAUAAGGGCUAUAUCCCUUGUGAUAAUCAAAGAAGAAUCCAUGCCAAUGAUAGACUAUUUAACUCCCAAUUUAAAUACGCAAGCAAUUUCAUCAAGACUUCAAAAUACUCUAUCCUGACCUUUUUGCCUCUGAAUCUGUUCGAGCAGUUUCAAAGGCUUGCCAACUUCUACUUCUUGUGCCUUUUGGUGUUGCAACUGAUCCCGGCCAUCAGCAGUUUGACUCCGGUCACGACUGCCCUGCCGCUGAUUGGAGUCCUCGGACUAACCGCCAUCAAAGAUGCUUAUGAUGAUAUUCAACGCCAUGUCUCGGACUCGCAUGUGAACAAUCGAAAAUCGCGCGUUGUUCGCGAUGGGAAACUCGUCCAAGAAAAAUGGUCCGCGGUCCAAGUGGGAGAUAUUAUCCGGAUGGACAACAACACUUUUGUGGCUGCUGAUUUGCUACUUUUAACGUCCAGCGAGCCGAACGGGCUCUGUUAUAUCGAAACAUCCGAGCUUGAUGGGGAAACCAACCUGAAAUGUCGGCAAUGCCUUGUGGAAACUGCGGAAAUGGGCCAAGACGAUGGGCUCAUCAGCGAGUUCGACGGGGAAAUCGUAUGCGAACAGCCCAAUAAUCUUCUGAAUAAAUUCGAGGGAAUUUUGGUGUGGAAAGGCAGGACAUAUUCUCUAGACAACGAUAAGAUAAUUUUAAGAGGAUGUGUUUUAAGAAACACUGCUUGGUGUUACGGAGUGGUAAUCUUUGCUGGCAAAGACACGAAACUGAUGCAGAACAGUGGCAAGAGCAAAUUUAAGAGAACAAGCAUAGAUCGGCUCUUGAACUUCUUAAUUAUAGGGAUAGUAUUUUUUCUAUUAUCGAUGUGCCUUUUUUGCAUGGUGGCCUGCGGUAUAUGGGAGACUCUUGUGGGUCGAUACUUUCAAACGUUCCUGCCAUGGGAUACAUUGGUUCCUUCGGAACCACUGGGAGGGGCCACGAUUAUAGCUCUCCUGGUGUUCUUCUCCUAUGCCAUUGUGCUCAAUACGGUGGUGCCGAUCUCAUUGUACGUCUCGGUGGAGGUGAUCCGAUUUGUGCAAAGCUUCUUAAUCAACUGGGACGAACAGAUGUACUACGGCAAGUUCAACACCUUUGCCAAAGCCCGGACCACCACUCUCAAUGAGGAAUUAGGGCAAAUAGAGUAUAUUUUUUCCGACAAAACUGGUACAUUGACGCAAAACAUCAUGACUUUCAACAAGUGCUCGAUAGGCGGAGUUUCUUAUGGAGACGUUAUCGACCCGAGAUCAGGGGAUGUUAUCGAAAUUACCGAUGAUACUGAACCGUUGGACUUCUCCUUCAACAGCAAUUACGAGCCGGAGUUCCGAUUUUACGACAAGAACCUGUUGGACUCAGUGAGGAGAAGAGAAAAAGACACCUUUCUGCUCUUCCGAUUGUUGGCGCUUUGCCACACGGUCAUGUCGGAAAACCGGGAUGGAAAAUUGGAGUAUCAAGCACAGUCCCCAGACGAAGCUGCCCUGGUAUCAGCAGCGCGCAACUUCGGGUUCGUCUUCAAAGAGAGAACGCCCAACAGUAUCACCAUAGAGGUGAUGGGAACUAAGGAAGUGUAUGAGCUACUGUGCAUUUUGGACUUCAACAACAUCCGCAAAAGAAUGUCGGUGAUCCUGCGAAAGGACGGCAAAUUGACUCUCUACUGCAAGGGAGCCGACAAUGUGAUCUACGAGCGGCUCAAACUCGGGCAAGACGAAGUGAAAGCCAAGACCCAAGACCACCUGAAUAAAUUCGCCGGUGAAGGCCUGCGAACGCUCUGCCUGGCGUAUUGCGAUCUCGAAGAGAACUUUUUCAACGACUGGAAAUCUGCCUCUGCCACGACCAGAUCUUUCAGUUCACUUGAAAUACUCAAUCUCAAUCAAAUCUCUACGUAUCUGAACUGUACGGAUAAUCUGCCCGUGUAUGGGGCGCUGCUCACAAAUCAGACAAAAAAGAUUGCAAUGGAUACGCAAUACUGGACGGUGUUCAAUCACAUCAUGAUUUGGGGUUCGCUGGCCUUUUAUUUCGUGGCUGAUAACUUUUACAACUACGUGUUCAAUGGGCCGUACGUCGGAUCGCUGACUAAAGCGAUGGGAAGCGCGAAUUUCUGGUUUGCAACCGUCCUCAUAGUCAUCAUGUGCGUUCUGCCAGUGCUGGCCUACCGAUUCUACUUUGUCGACGUGUUUCCGACCCUCUCUGAUAGGGUCCGAUUGAAGCAGCGACUGGCACAAGUGCGGUCCAGACAGAGUCAAGACGUGCUUCGCACACCGUCGGCUCGCAGAGCCAGACGCUCUAUACGUUCAGGGUACGCUUUCGCUCAUCAAGAAGGUUUUGGUAGGUUGAUCACGUCGGGUAAAAUAAUGCGCAAGCUGCCCAACGCCGAAUUCACUAUUCCCAACAUUAUGAACAAACUAAAUAUGUCGAACUCGACGAAAGAGUCGAACAGAAAUCCGCCAAACACCGCAGCAACGCAAGAAGGCAGCAGUGGAAGUAGUGGAGGGAGGGCACCCAUCCAAGACUUAGACACGAUUAAUUUGUGAUAAUAGUGGAAAGUUUUAAGCAAAACGUCAUGACAGUAUUUUUAUUUUUGUAAUUUUUAUUAGCCCGCAUCCGAUUGGUUCUAAAGGAACUAACUGUGCGAGCGUACAAAUGCUUUUCAUAUUGGUUGCUAGUGCUGCUGCUGUUCUAAGAGCAUUAUUGUUUUAUUCAAGGGCUUUUAAGAAGGAAAGUGUGCAUGCAGAUUCUCAAUUGACAGGCUAGAUAAACAUUUAGCAGCUCUAAUCCACCAGCAAUCAACAAAAUCGUGCGUUAUGAUUGUUGACUGUUAUAGAAAGAAAUCUAUUUUUUGUUAGUACCCGCGAAACAUGGAGAAAUAAAUGGCUCUGCCAGCAUUAUAACGGCGCGAACUUGGACUUUGAAUCGGGGUUUGUUGAGCAGUUUUGACCGGACUUUAAGGAAAAUAUUUUACGUCGUGUACACUACACUUAAUGAUAAGCUUUACUAGUCAAACAAAGUAUGUUUAAAUGUUAAGAUAUUUCUUAUUAUAAAGUUAUAUUUGAAAGUAUUGCUUUUUGUUUUUUAUGAAUAAAUUUAUUUUUUCUCUA